AUGGGAACGAAAGUGUGUCUUUUUAUCUAUACUACUGGGGUUCUUUUCCACGCUUCCGGUUAUUUUACAUUAUACUGGGAGGUGACCGGAUAUGACAAUUACCACUCAGGACUAUGGGAAUCGUGUAGAGACGAAGUGUGUUCACCAACCACGAAUCAUCUUUGUUACUUCGAGGCGACGCAGGUGCUGGAGACUCUAGCUGUAGUAACCGGAAGUCUUGGUCUCCUCCUCCUCUUCUUCUACUUCUUCAUCAGCAAGACAUCAUUUGAUGUCUCUCUAUGUGUUGCAAGUCUCAUAUUGGUCGUGUUUUCAGCAUGCUGUGCUAUACUGGGUGUGAUUAUUUACGGAUGUAAGACGUCACUUCCGGUGUCAUGGUCGUAUGCAUUAGCAGUAAUCGGUGGAAUAUCUUACGGAAUUUCGGCGAUUUUUCUGUCUGUAUAUCUUCUUAACAAUACCGAUAAAUAUAACAAGUACAGAGCUUCCCUUCAAACUGAACUACAGCAUUAUGUAUAA